AUGUACCCACUUCCCGCAGGGAAUGAAAACGAAGAUCCGGAAAUUUUUAUUUCUAGACUUUUGGCGGAGUUAGUAAAAAGUGACAUUCCAGAAGGGGACUGGGUGCAGAUAUUGUUUGCCCAGCUCACUGGGGAUGCAUCAAAAUGGGCAGCGAUAUACUCGCAGACCCAGAUAUCAUGGUCCAUGAUGGUGGCGAGGCUUAAGCAGAAAUAUGCUAGUCCGGAGUUGAUUGCCAAACUCACGGCGAAAUUUUAUGGAGAGAGCCAGAAUCGGAACACAAAGGUUGAUGUGUUCAUUAUUAAAAAAUUUGAAUUAGCGAAGAGGUUAUUUCCUGGUGUACCAGAAAGAGGGGUUCUCCAAGUUAUAGCCCAAUUGCUCUCGCCAGAACUGCGUUGCUUUUUUAGAGGCAAGCCGUUAGUAAACAUCGAAACUCUGAUUCAAGGCGCCAGCAAUAUCGAGGAAGAUUUGAGAUUGUCAAAGCAAACGUACUGA